AUGGAAUAUACCGUCAUCUAUGGAAGCAACGGCGCCAAAAGAAUGAGCAUCAAACGUGAAGGUAGCAGAUAUCGAUACGAUCACGAAACGAAAAGAAGCCGCUAUGAAGGUGCCCAAAAAAAAGUAAUCUUGCCUAUAUUUGAGCCAUCAGGAUUAUUGGAACUGGAAAGCCACCAGAAAAAAGGCAUACAACUUAAGCAUGUAGAGCCCAAAGAUGCGAUAUCACCCCACGAUUUCUAUAAAAAGCUAAAAGUACCUAAGUGGGAUCAAAUUCGUUAUGAGCUUGUUGUGUAUAGGAAGGGCGUCAAGGGUGAAGUAAGUAAAACUAAGUUGCAUGAUAAAAGUUGCUAUAUUAUCGGUAGAGGAUUAGGUCAGAGUCUACGACGCUUCGAAUCUGAUGGAGAGGAAAUUAUUCUUGCUGAUAUCCCAAUCCAAGAGGAAAGCUGUUCGAAAGAACAUUGUGCCGUACAAUUCCGACAAGUCGGUGAAUCUUUAAUUCCAUACUUGAUUGAUCUUGAUUCUUCCAACGGUACGUGUUUGAAUGAUUCAGCCGUUCCUAGCGCCCGGUAUAUCGAGUUAAAGAGCUCUGAUAUUAUACACGUAUCUGAAGAUCCAAAUGAUUCAGAUUAUGAGCUCAUUUUCCUAGCCGUAUGA